AUGAGGCCGCACAUCGAUCGACAUCACGAUCGCGAUCCCUGGGGUGCGACCCCUCUCUAUCACGCCAUCUACAACGAUCAUCCGGGCGUUGUCAGCAUCCUACUACUCAGCAAGGGAGCGAGUGCUUCAGCGACCAACGAUGACGGCAAUACCGCGUUGCGUUUUUCGGUCUUCAAGAGAAACCCGGUCGUGACCAAAAUGUUGCUCAAGGCAGGGGCAAGCGUAGCAGUCCUGGGUGCUCAGGGUGCCACACCUCUUCACGUCGCAGCAGGGGAAGGGCAGUUGGAGGUGGUGAAAGAGCUGAUGCACGCAGCCGCUGACGUAAACAGCCGCAUGCCCACCGGAGAGACACCGUUGUACGGUGCAGCGUGGGCGGGUUGGGUAGACGAUGUCAAGGAACUGCUCCGCGCGAAGGCCAACCCUUUGCUGACUAGAGCGAGUUUGGCCGGGCAGCACCUUCCCUUGGAUACAGCUGCUCAGAACGGGCGCUUAGGAGUUACACUCGAGCUGCUUCAGAGGUUCGGGAUCCGGGGCUGUGGCGGUGCAAGCGGUGGCGUGACAACUUUGCAUUGCCCUGGUCGGGCCACCAGCUUUGGCCACAUGGAUGUUGUGAACUUCCUAUUGCUGCAGCAGAACGGGACGCCUUCAGGAAAAUCCGUGUACGUGGUGCGGUUGCUCGUCGACGCUGGAGCGGACACGACAUCGAUCGUUCGCUUCACCAUCCAACCGGGAACAUUGCCAGUCGUAUGCACGCCCAUGUCGGUCGAUACCAACGCCCUGCACCAAAAGGCAGCUUAUGGGACAGCCAUUCCAGACGAGCUGCAGCACCGGCUGGGGCUGAUCCGCCGCUUGCUAUUGCGGGUGGAGGCCGUCCAUGCGACCUCUUGGCUCUGGCAAAAUGGGAUACCCCGUGUUGGGUUGGCUGCGCGUGGUUCUCCUAACCCGAAGACCAAGGCAACCUCGACAACUGGACCACAGCUGAGACCCAUGUUGCCAAUCCUGAGGCGAAGGGCGAAUGGACGAGGCUAG